UUUCCAUCUAUGGGUCUCAUUCUGUGGGUCUCCAUCUAUGGGUCUCAAUCCAUGGGUCCCAUCUAUAGGUCCCUUCCCUGGGUUCUAUCUAUAGGUCCCGUCUAUGGGUCUCCAUCCAUCUAUAGGUCCCGUCUAUGGGUCUCCAUCCAUCUAUGGUUCUCCAUCUAUGGGUCCCAUCCCCGGGCCUCCAUCUAUGGGUUGCCAUCUAUAGGUCCCAUCCGUGUGUCCCAUCUAUGGGUCUCCAUUUAUGGGUCUCAAUCUCUGGGUCCCAUCUAUAGGUCCCAUCCCUGGGUCCCCAUUUAUGGGUCUCCACACAUCUAUGGGUCUCUCUAUGGGUCUCAUUUAUGGGUCCCAUCCAUCUCUGUCCCAUGUCUCCCCCGGCUGCUCUAACGCUGUGUGUCCACCAGGGGGCGCAGUGUCGCUGUUCCUAUAUUUGUCCACUAGGGGGCGCAGUGUCGCAGUUCCGCUGUGUGUCCACCAGGGGGCGCUGUCUCCAUGUUCCGCUAUUCGUCCAGCAGGGGGCGCUGUGUCGCUAUUUCGCUCUUUGUCCACCAGGGGGCGCUGUGUCGCUUGUGUGUCCAUUAGGGGGCGCUGUGUCCAUGUCCCGCUAUGAGCCCGUUUCGACGCUCGGUUCCGGUUCUUCGUGUUCCGUUUUCCGGGCCCGGGACCGACGUAACGGGCGCCUCGUGGCGUUGAAACGGGUCCGGGUCGGGUCGGGACGGGACGGGCUGCCCCAUAAUGCAGUGCGGGAGGUGGCGCUGCUCAGGAGCUUCCGGCACUUUCGGCACCCCAACAUCGUGCGGCUGCUGGACGUGUGCGCGGUGCCGCGGCCGCAUCGGGGCGGUUCGGUCACGUUGGUUCUGGAACACGUGGAGCGCGACCUGCGGGCGGUGAUUGACAGCGCCCCACAGCGCGGCCUGCCCCAUAGCACCGCCAAGGCCGUGCUGCUGCAGCUGCUGUCCGGGCUGGAUUUCCUGCACUCUCGGCGUGUUCUGCACCGUGACCUGAAGCCGGAGAAUGUUCUGCUCAGCCGCCGCGGCCGCGUCAAAGUGGCGGAUUUUGGGCUGGCCCGAAUCUACAGCGCGAACAGCGCCAUGACACCGGGGGUGGUGACAUUGUGGUAUCGCGCCCCCGAGGUUUUGCUGCUGGGCCCCUACAGCAGCGCUGUGGAUCUUUGGAGCGUUGGCUGCAUCUUCGCUGAGAUGCUGAGCAGGACGCCAUUGUUCUGUGGGAGCUCAGAGCUGGAGCAGCUGGGAAAGAUCUUCGACGUUCUGGGGCUGCCCCCCAAGGAGGAAUGGCCGCCGGACGCAGCGCUGCCCCACGGCGCCUUCAGUGAGCGACCCCCAACCCCCCCUGAGGACAUCGUGCCCCACAUGGGGGCGGUGGGCACUGAACUGCUGCUGGAGCUGCUGCAGUUCAGGCCCCAGCUCAGGAUCUCGGCACAGUCUGCACUGCAGCAUCGUUACCUGCAGGGCACGGAGUGAGGGGGGGGCACGGAGUGAUGGACCCCCCCCAAAUAAAGGGAGCAACGAGGGA